CGGUACGUCAGAGCGACCGUUCCCCGAACCCCAGCACCGAGACAAACAGCUGCAACGCCGCACAAAGCCAUGCCACGACACCAUGGCGCACCUACUACGAGGCAAGCAAGCAGGCGUAAACACCGACCUCUCGCACGGGCUGGGCCCUGACCUGCUCGUCCUGGAUCACAUGCGCAACUAUGGUAUCAACUCUAAAAUCACACAAGUCACCUACGACCCGGUGCAGUCGCUCCUCGCAGUCGGCACCGCCGAGAGCCCGUUUGGUGCGGGCCAGAUCUAUGUCUUCGGGCAGAAGAGGGUCGAGGUGGUGCUGCCGCUGUCGCACCGCGCGUCGGUCAAGAUGCUGCAGUUCUGCGGCGAGAAGCUGCUGUGCGUCGACUCGCGCAACGACCUGUCCGUCUUCUCGCUGGCCACCAAGGCGCUCGUCAACGCGCAUUCGCCGCCCGCCAAGAUCACCGCCCUGCACUGCGACCCCACCCUCGACUACGCCCUGCUCGGCACCCAGCAGGGCGACGUCUUCGCCUACGACCUCGACCGCCAGGCCCUGACGCCCUUCCGCAUCGCGAAUCUCUGGCGCGAGCAGUUCCCGCGCUCGCGCCUGACGCCGGUUGUCACGCUGUCGCUGCACCCGCGCGACAUUGGCUCGCUGCUGAUUGGAUACAGCGCUGGUGCCGUCAUAUACUCGUUCAAGCAGAAUAAGGCCCUGCGCUGCUUCCACUACCGCCUCCCCAAGGGCGCGCCCGGCGGCGACUCGGAUCCGGCCUCCGUCCACUGCGACCGCGAGCCGCCGCUCACCCAGGCCGUCUGGCACCCGACGGGCACCUUCAUCCUGACGGGCCACGAGGACAGCAGUAUUGUGGUCUGGGACCCCAAAGACGGCCGCAUCAUCCAGGCCAGGACCCUGCAGGACGUGAACGUGAACCUCCCCGGGCCCGGCACCUUCAGCCCCGGCGCCGGCGAGGGCACGUUUGCGCUCAAGUCGCCCAUCUUCAAGAUCGCCUGGUGCGCGAACCAAGACCCGGAUGAAACUGGCAUCUUGAUCGCCGGCGGCCAGCCGUCCAACAUCUCCGCCAAGAGCCUGACCUUCUUCGAGCUGGGCCGCACGCCCAUCUACAACACCUCGUCGUGGCAGGUGCUGUCCAACCACUUUGAGAACCCAACCCGCCAGCGCAUCCUGCCGUGUCCGCCCGGCGCGGAGGUUGUCGAUCUGUGUCUGAUUCCCCGCUCAUCUCCGCACUUUGGCGGCUGUCAGGACCCGAUAGCCAUUAUUGCUAUCCUGGCCUCGGGCGAGCUGGUGACGCUGUCUUUCCCGAGCGGCAUGCCCAUCACGCCGACGAACCAGCUGCACCUGUCGAUGACACUCGUGCAUCCAUACAUCGGCUAUGCGAACCUCGCGCCCGUUGACCGCACGAGGUGGCUGGGCAUGACAGAGAAGCGCCAGCACGGUCCGAAGCUGCUCACGGGCGGCGCGGGAGCGAACUGGCCGCUGAAGCGGUUCGAGCAUCGCAACAUCGUCCAGACGGCGCACGCAGACGGCACGGUGAGGCUGUGGGACGCCGGGCAUGCAGACGAGAUUGAAAACGACGGGCUGCUGCAGAUUGACGUCGCGCGCGCAGUGGGCUGCCAGGACGGCGUCGAGGUCACGACUACGUCCUUUGCCGGCGCGGCGUCUGAGCUGUCGGUGGGGCUGAAGUCGGGCGAGGUCGUCAUCUUCAGGUGGAACGUCAACAAGCACCCCGGCGAGGAAUUCCCGCCGGGCGAGAACAAGCCGCAGGCGCUGACCAACAUCGUGGAUAGGAGUGAGGCUGCGCUGAAGGAGGGCUUGCUCCCGUUCACCCUGCUGGAUGAAGGCAACGGCCCGGUAACUGCGCUCAAGCACUCGGAUGUUGGAUUUGUCGCGGCUGGGUUUGAAGGAGGCGGCCUGGUGAUCAUCGAUCUCCGCGGGCCGGCCGUCAUCUACAGAGGCUCCACGCAAGACUUCAAGUCGGAGAAGCGCGGCAGCUUCCGCCGCUCGAAAGAGGCUGCGCCCAAGCCCGAGUGGCCGACGUGUCUCGAGUUCAGUGUCAUGACCCUCGAGAACGAAGACUUCUCCAGCAUCCUCCUCCACGCCGGAACCAACCUCGGGCACGUGGCCACCUUCAAGCUGGUGCCCGAGUCCAACGGUCGCUACGGCGCAAGCUUCGCCGGCGUGUCCUCGCUCGACGACCGCGUCAUCAGCCUCUGCCCCAUGCACGCCGAGUCCGGACGCCCCGCAUACGCCUCGCAGUCCGCCGUCGCCGGCCUGCGCAACGGGUCGAGGAUCAACGGCGUCCUGCUCGCCGUCACCGUCUCCGGCGCGCGCCUGUUCCGCCCCGCCUCCCACAAGGGCGCACAUAAGACCUGGGACCAGUUCCUGUGCGACUCGGCCGCGGUCGUGCGGUACGAGGACCUGGGCUACGCGCUGCUGGGCCUCUACGGCGACGGCUGCGCGCGCGCGUUCUCGCUGCCCGCGCUGAAGGAAAUCGGCGCCGUCAAGGUCGCCCCCGUGCUGGACGUGCGCCGCUUCGCCGACGCCGUCAUCACCAGCACGGGCGAUGUGCUCGGCUGGACGGGGCCCGCCGAGAUGGCGCUCGUGAAUGUGUUUGGCACCGGCGUGCGCCCAGACAACAGCAGAGACACGCUGCUCAACCCCGAUCUCACCGUCCCGCCCCGCCCCACCAUCAGCAACUUGCAGUGGAUCUCCGGCACCCAGUACGUCACCCCCGCCGACAUGGACCUGCUCAUCGGCGGCCCCGAUCGCCCGCCCUCCGCGCGCAUGCUGGCCCAAACCCGCGCCGACGAAGACCACGCGCGCCGCGCCGCCCGCGCCGCGGCCCCCUCCUCUUCUGCCGCCAACCCCAGCGCCUACCCGUCCUACCCGACCCCCGCCGCCGCGGGCAACGAGGGCUGGGGCGCCUGGGCCUCGCGCCAGUUCGCCGAGCGCACCGAGAAGCUGAAUCAGGUGGGCGACAGCAUGGAUAGUCUGAGUAGUAAUAGUGCGGGGUGGGCGGAGGAUGUGAAUAAGUAUGUUAAUAAGCAGAAGAGGGGGUUGGUUACGGGGAUGGUGAAGAGUAAGUUUGGGCUGUAGGGUGGCGGGAUGGAGAGAAGGAAAGGGAUGGGGUGUGACGGGUGACGGGUGACGGGUGACGGGUGACGGGUGACGGGUGACGGGUGACG